AUGAUCCUUGCACUGACCGAGAAGCGCAGAUCGACCACGAAGAAGCGCAACGGGAGGUUGAAGGGCUCGCGCGGCAAGGACGCCGCAGCGACCAAUGCAAGCGUUGGAGCCGACGGAGUACGAGCCACGGACGGCACUUGCGGCCUCGUACUUGCGGCGACCGAUGCCACGGGCGUCGACCGAGGAAACUGGAUCCUCGAUAGCGGCGCGAGCCGGCAUCUUGUUAACGACAAGUCGCUGCUGCUCAAGUUGACGGCUUGCAGCCACGAGAUUGCAACGGCAGACAGCGAGUCGCUUCAACUGACGCGUGUCGGCAGCGUGCGCCUCGAGGUUCUUGCGCGCGGCGCUGAAGCGGUAGUGACGCUCACGGAUGUGUACUUGGCGCCGCGACUGGCAAAGAACAUUGUGUCUUACGGCAAGCUCGCCAACAAUGGAUUUGCCCUAGUGCACUCCGGCGAAAGGCGCUCACUAGCUCGGUGUAGAGAUGGUGUGGUCGCGCUCGAUGUCACAAUCGACAGCAACGUGCUGUAUGUCGUGACAAAGGCCACGCGCGACAACGAAGGUGCAGGCGGCGACGCGAUCAUGGCGGCGCUCGAAGCGCAUGCCACGGAAACCAACGCCGACGAGCCGCACGAAGCCUCGCUGUUGCACUAG